AUGCCCGUCGUCAUCGACACCGCCAUGCGCACGCCCGGCUACCCGGACGAGGCGUACUUCUUCAAAAACACUCGCUACCUGCGCAUGUGGUGGAAGCCCGGCACGCCCGAGGAGCGCAAGGUGUUCGGCCCCGCGACCAUCAGCCAGGAAUGGAAAGUCAUCGGCGAGGCGGGCUUCACGCGCAUCGACGCGAUGCUGCCGAGCACGCGCGACCCGCAGAAGUACUACGCCUUCAGCGGCAGCCGGUACGUGCGCGGCAGCUUCGUGCCGGGCACGGCGACGGAGAGCAAGCUGUUCGGGCCGGCCAACAUCGUGGACGAGUGGAAGACGCUGCGCGACGCGGGCUUCGACUGCGUGGACGCCGUGCUGCCGAUCCGCAGCACCGACCCGGCCGCGGGCUUCGAGGAGGAGGCCUACUUCUUCUGCGGCACGCGCUACCUGCGCAUGCGCUGGACGCCGCAUACGCCGCGCGAGGAGCUGGUGUUCGGCCCCGCGCCCAUCGCCGCCGAGUGGAAGACGCUGCGCGACGCCGGCUUCGAGACCGUCGACGCCUUCGUGCCGAACCUCGAGGCUGCGCGGCCCGGUGAGGUCGAUGUGUACGCCUUCAGCGGCCCGCGCUAUGUGCGCUUCUCGUUCGAGCCCGGCACGCCCAAGGAGACGAAGAUCUAUGGCGUCGCGGAGAUUGAUGAUGAGUGGAAGACGCUGCGCGAGUUGUAG